CCGGACGCUGGGAAGCGGAGGAGGCGGGGUGCAGGUCCUCUCCAGCGACCUCCCCUCCUCUCCCUCUCUGCAUCCCUGAACACGCUCGCACAAAAUAUCGCAGAGAGGCAUCUCCGGUCGCCACUGCGCCAGAGUUUUUUUGUGAAAUCCUAUUCUCUGGCUGGAGACGCAGAUGGCCUCAAAUGAGAGAGAUGCUAUAUCGUGGUACCAAAAGAAGAUUGGAGCAUAUGAUCAGCAGAUAUGGGAAAAGUCAAUCGAACAGACUCAAAUUAAGGGCUUCAAAAACAAACCAAAAAAGAUGGGUCACAUAAAGGCCGACUUGAUUGAUGUUGACUUAAUCAGAGGCUCAACAUUUGCCAAAGCCAAACCUGAAAUUCCGUGGACAUCUCUGACUCGGAAGGGGCUUGUUCGAGUUGUAUUUUUCCCAUUUUUCAGCAAUUGGUGGAUUCAGGUUACCUCUUUAAGAAUCUUUGUUUGGCUGCUACUGCUUUACCUCAUGCAAGUGAUAGCUCUCGUGUUAUAUUGUAUGAUGCCUAUUGUGAAUGUAAGUGAAGUGCUUGGACCCUUGUGCCUUAUGUUACUCAUGGGAACCGUCCACUGUCAAAUCGUGUCUACUCAGAUAACAAGGCCAUCGGGAAACAAUGGAAAUCGGAGAAGAAGAAAAUUACGAAAAACUGUAAAUGGUGACGCGAGCCGAGAAAAUGGAAAUAACUCCUCGGAUAAAGCCAGAGGAGUAGAAACUUUGGAAUCUGUGCCCUUCAAUGGUGGUUUUUGGGGGACUCUCUUUGGCAACAGGAUUAAAAGAGUAAAAUUAAUAUGUAACAAAGGGACGGAAACUGACAAUGACUCAGGUUGUCUGCAUCCUGUUGUCAAGAAGAGACAGUGUCGGCCAGACAUUAGAAUGUGGCAAGCAAGAGAGAAAGCAAAGUUUUCAGAUGGAGAAAAGGGACGUCGGGAGUCCUUUCGGCGUCUGGGUAACGGGAUUUCAGAUGAUCUGUCAAGCGAGGAAGACGGCGAAGCUCAGACCCAGAUGAUGAUCCUGCGGAGGAGCGUGGAAGGGGCCUCGAGUGACAACGGCUGUGAAGUGAAGAGUCGGAAGUCCAUACUUUCAAGGCACCUCAACACUCAGGUGAAGAAAACCACUUCCAAGUGGUGCCCUGUCAUGCGGGAUUCAGAUAGUCUGGCUGAGUCAGAGUUCGAGUCGGCAGCCUUCAGUCAGGGCUCUAGAUCUGGCAUGAGUGGUGGCUCUCGAGGCCUCAACAUGUCGAGAAGAGACUCAGAGAGCACCCGCCACGACUCGGAGACUGAGGACAUGUUGUGGGACGACCUGCUGCACGGCCCUGAGUGCCGGUCGUCGGUCACCAGUGACAGUGAGGGGGCCCACGUGAACACCCUCCACCCAGGGACCAAACGCGACCCCAAAGAGGAUGUUUUCCAGCAGAACCAUUUAUUCUGGCUUCAGAACUCAAGUCCUGCCUCUGAUCGAGUUAGUGCAAUAAUCUGGGAAGGGAAUGAGUGCAAAAAGAUGGACAUGUCUGUGUUGGAAAUAAGUGGCAUCAUCAUGAGCAGGGUGAAUGCCUAUCAGCAAGGAGUAGGUUAUCAGAUGCUGGGAAAUGUCGUCACCAUCGGAUUAGCAUUUUUUCCUUUUUUACAUCGACUUUUCCGUGAGAAGAGCCUUGACCAACUCAAGUCCAUCUCAGCUGAGGAGAUCUUGACUCUCUUUUGUGGGGCACCCCCUGUCACGCCUAUUAUUAUUUUGUCUAUAAUUAAUUUUUUUGAACGAUUGUGUCUUACUUGGAUGUUUUUUUUCAUGAUGUGUGUAGCAGAGAGAACAUAUAAACAGAGAUUUUUAUUUGCAAAACUCUUCAGCCAUAUUACUUCUGCCAGGAAAGCUAGGAAGUAUGAAAUACCUCAUUUCAGACUUAAAAAGGUGGAGAACAUUAAGAUAUGGUUAUCACUGCGUUCCUUUCUAAAGAGACGGGGCCCGCAGCGUUCAGUGGAUGUUGUCGUGUCUUCAGUCUUCUUACUGACACUUUCCAUUGCUUUCAUUUGUUGUGCCCAGGUUCUCCGGGGACAUAAAACUUUCCUGAAUGAUGCUUAUAACUGGGAGUUUUUGAUCUGGGAAACAGCUUUGCUACUUUUCUUACUGCGCCUGGCCUCGCUGGGGUCUGAAACCAAUAAGAAAUACAGCAAUGUUUCAAUAUUACUUACUGAACAGAUUAAUUUAUAUCUUAAAAUGGAAAAAAAGCCGAAUAAGAAAGAACAGCUUACUCUAGUAAACAAUGUGCUAAAGCUAUCCACCAAGUUGUUGAAAGAGUUGGACACACCAUUUAGACUCUAUGGACUGACGAUGAAUCCCUUAAUCUACAACAUCACACGAGUAGUUAUCCUUUCUGCUGUCUCAGGUGUUAUAAGUGAUCUUCUAGGAUUUAAUAUAAGACUGUGGAAAAUUAAGUCAUAAGCUGAGUCAUGUGCCUGGACUCUCUCCCCUUGCUGGCAUCAGUGCUUCACCUGUUAAGGAAAGAGAUGACUGUAAGACCACGAGGACACCCACCUGCUUGUUCACCCGCAGAGGUGCCCUCCAUUCUGCCUAAUCUAACCAGUGGUGUUUUCAGAGGAACAAAUCCUUUUCCAACUGAGCGUGCAUGCUAAAAAGCUGUAUUUUCAUGGUUUUCAAAUAGUGUGAAUAGUCAGGAGACUAAAGACCACUGUGUUAUGGCAACAUAAGGACAAUUUUUUAAAGUUAGGAAAUUUAUUCUGGGCAUUUCAGUGCUGUGACAGUUAUAUUUACUGAAAAUACUCUUCUGGGUAACUAUGGUAGUUGCCCAAAGCAUGAAGCAAAUAUCCUUUAUUGGAAAUAUGCAAAUUCAGUACUUUUCUAUUACAAUCUAUAGAAUUGGAGAUUUCAUUUCUCUGGCAAAGAGAGAUCAAGUUUAAACUAUUCCAGGUUGAACCCAAAUAAAAGAACUUUAUUGGAGAAUUUCAGUUUCUAGGCUUUUUUUGUUGUUGUUGAAAGAAAAAAGAUAACCUUUUAAACUGUGACUUUCUGUUAAACUAUGGAGAAAAUUUUAAUUAGUUUAUAAUUUUGAAGUUAAUCCUAAUAACUGUAUAGUUGUUGGUGAGAGUCAUGCAUACAAGGCACGUAAUUCAGCAUGAGAAAUUGAAGGAUACGCACACUCACCCAUGUCCACCGAGCACCAUGCUUUCUGUUUCAAUCACCGGACUUGCGUUUCCCAUGGCAGUGCUAAGUGAAGCAUCAAUAGUUUGUGUUGUGCUGCUUAACGUAUUCAACUCUCAGUACAAUCUCAGGUUCUCAGUGUCUAUAUUCAGCCAAGCUCUGGCACUGAUGACUUGGAUUCUCUUGUCAGCACCCUCAUCACACACGCAGGCAUGUACAUAAGUUAAUGGAAACUCUCAUAGUCUGCAUACAAUUCUUGCUCAUUAACUUACGUGCUUUCAGGAAUCUCUUGAGGCAGGUUGAAAGCCCACAUUUUAAUAAGAUUUUGUGACUUUUAAAAUGGAAAUAAUUAAGAAACUUAGUUAUUACAUGUAAAAUAUGUACAUGCAAAAUCAGGCUAUUAUUUACACAUAUCCUAAUUUUUGAGGUUUAAAGAUGAAUUUCUCAAGGCCAGGGACUGAGGUCAGACCUUUCUGGAUUCAUAUUCUUGGCUCUAUCACUUAAUAGCUUCAUAAUCUAAGGCAAGUUACUUAACUUUUUUGCAUCUCAGUUUCCUUACCUGUUCAAUGGGGAUAAAAACUACCUAAGGUUAAAUGAGAUUAUGAUGUAAGGUACUUAACACAGCAUAAAGUACUUAGCACUUAGUAAAUACACAAUCAACAUUUGUAAUUACUGUUUAAAACCCUUUAAAAAUCUUUUGUUGAUAGUUUCCUAACUGUGAAGAUAGAAACACAGGGGCAGGGUUGCUGAACUAGAAGUGAAUUACCAAAAAUUUGCAGCCAUUCUAAAUGCUUCCUGAGAGUUACAAUUCUUUAAAAAGGUAAAACCCCACUAUGGUGAUUAACCUCUAGAAGGAACUGUUCUGUAAAGGCACUUCAGUGUCUCAACAGGUGGCUCAUGGAAAUCAUGCUGGAACUAUUUUCCAUAAGGAACAACAGCAACAUCUCAAAUCCAAGACUGAGCUGCUCAGUGUAGAUUUCAGAUGAACAAACCUAAUGCCUUCAUCUUUUUCUCCUACAGAAAACUGCUGUUCUGUGUUUUACGCAGUGAAUCUUUCAGCUCAAAUGCAGUAUGUAGAAUAGUUUACUCUUGAGUUGUUUUAGUUAUGGUUUGAUGGGGUAUAAUUGGUUUAAAUGAUUUUUCAGGUGGUAAAAUCAUAUGUAAGUAGAGUUGCUCAUCACAGAAACUUGGGAAUCAUUUUUGACUCUUGCGUCUUUCUCACACUUGACAUCCAAUCUCUGAGUCUUUGAAUAAUUAUCUUCUAGAUACUUUCCCAGUCAGUCCUUUCUCCAUCCCCACUUCCACCACCUUCAUGUGAGUCAGUGCCUUUUGUUUUUGAACAAGAUUCUGCUUUUCUGCCCUUACAUAUGCAUAUUACCCCCUCCCCCAUGCCCGCCUGUUCGUCUCAAAAGCUAAUGUGUCUUUUCUGAAAUGCAACUCUCAUCAUGUAGAAUCGGUUAAUGAUUUAGGAUUACUUUGAAGAUAAAAAUCCAAAAUCUUUUUAGCAGAGUGUACAGGCCUACCCUGUUGAGUAACAUUUUGAAAUCUUUAUGUUUGAAAGAUAUUUUGUGCUGGGCAUAAAAUUCUAGUUUUCAAGAUGUUGCUCUUUAAUUUGUCUGUUGAAUUAUAAUGUGCGUUGGUAUAGUUUUCUUCAUUUUUUUUUUGUGCCUGGAAUUUGUAGCACUUACUGGAAAUCUGGGUUUAUAGUUUUCAUCAAAUUUGGAAAAUUUUGGCUGUUAUUUCUUAAAAUAAGUUUUCUCUCUCCCAGUCUCACCCACCUCCUCCUGCGACUCCAGUUCACAUGCAUAUUGGGCUGUUUGAAGUGGCCGCACAGCUUACUGGUAUUCUGUACGUUGUCCCCGUCUUCUUUCUCUGUCUUUAAUCUUGGAUAGUUUCUAUUGCGGUGCCAUCAAGUUCACUAACCUAUUUUUCUGCACUAAUUUCCCACCCAAUGUAUUUUUGUCUACAGACGUUUGAUUUUGCUUUUUUGGUUUUCAUAUCUUCCAUGUCUCUUUAACAUGCUAUUUCUUUUCUCCACCUUGUUAACAUAAUAUUUACAAUAGAAAUUGUAAAUAAGGACAUUAAAACAGCUAUCAUUAGUGUCAUUUGGGGUUUUUAAUUGAUUUACUUUUCUCCUCAUUUUGGGUCCUAUGUUCCUGCCUCUCUGCAUGCCUAGCAAUUUCUUAUUGGGUGUGGGUUUUUAUAUUGUUGGGUGUUGGGUUUUUGUGUAUAUGUGCGUAUUAAGUAUUCUCGAGCUUUGUCUUAGAAUGCAGUCGAGUUACUUGGAAACAGUUUGAUCAUUUCAAGGCUUGUUUUUAAGCUUUGUUAGGUGGGCCCGAGCAGCCUUGAGUCUUGGACUACUUUUCUCCACUAGUGAAGUGAGCUCCUCCAAAGGAUUCUACUCGAUGCCCUCUUCGUGGUAAGGGUUUUCCAGUUUUGACAGUAGGAACAUGAAUUAUUCCCAGCUCAAGAAUUUUUGGCCUGCUUCUUUUUGGUGGUUCUUUCCCUGUUGUUGAGUAUUUCCUUGUGCUGAUCAACACUCUCCUGAAGACCUCAGAGGAACCCUGUGUGCAUCUUUGGUACUCUCUUCUCUCUGUGCAGCUGUCUUCUCUCUGGUCCUCGGCCCUGCCAAUUCUAGCUGAUCUGGCCUCCCGAAAUUCUUAACUUUUGUCUCCUCAACUCAGCCAGACUGCUUGGCUUGGGUUGGGUUCCCCUUCUUGCACCACAGCCUAGCAACUGCCUCCAAGCGACCUGGGCAGUCAUGGGGCUCACUCCAUUUAACGCCACCAUCUUUUACUGCCUGUUGUCCAAUAUCUAACACCCAUUUUUUCAUAUAUAUUUUUCCUUUUUUUUUAAAGUUAAGAUGGGAGAGUAAAUGUUUUUCUACCUUAGUAAAUGGAACAAAGUUUACUCAAUUGUUCAAGCCAAAGGCUUAGGGUUUUUUCCUGGUUCCUCUCUCUUCUUCUGUAUCUAACCUGCCGCCCAGUCACAUCAGUUCUGUUUCCCCAGCUACCAGGCUAAGCCUCCUUCUCCUGGUUACUGUGCUGACCCGCUGUUCUCGCUCCUCCCUGGCCUCCCUCAGCCACAUAAAUGAGCUUAAAAAUACGGAAACUAUAAAACUGUAUGAUUCCUGCUUUCUCUUCCUGGCUUUCCCUGUGGUGGCCUCCAAGACCUUCCUCGUCAGGCCUGACUCCCUUUCCAGUUUCACCUUCUCGGUACCUGACAACCACACCACACUGGCUCCCUCCUGUUCCUCCGUUAUACCAACUUCUUUCUUAUUUCAGGCAGCGCCUGGAAUAUGUUUUCUUAAGCUCUCCCCUGAAUGUCUUCUCAGCUGUCAGCUUCUCAGCAGGACCUUCUCUGAUGACCUGAGUGACAGCAGCUCCCCGCCUUACCCUUUUUGUCAGUUACACGGCCCUGUUCAUGUCCUUCAUGGCACUUAUCAAAAUCAGAUUAUCUUGUUUAUUUUUUUGCCUAUUUGUUUAUUUUUUUGUUUCUGUCCUUCCCGAUUAGAAUGUAAGCCUCGUAAGGCAAGGAAUUUUUGUGGUUUUUCACUCCUAGGUCCUCAGAAUGCAGAAGAGUACCUGACCCCAUAAUAGGUGCUCGGUGGUACUCAUUAGCAAUGUAUAAAAUGAAUGAAGAAUGGAUCUCAACUAAUUUGCCAUUUAUGCAGUAUUUUCCCUGUUAGGAUGGAAGACUUGUACUCUCAGUGCUUCAUUUAUUCCUGUACAAUAACUUCUAAGAACUUGGACUUUUGUUUUAAUCACCCAAAAGGAGUGAAAUAUAAUUGACAAAAUUUACCUAUUAUUUAGAAAUUAAACCAAGAUGUAAGAACUAGAUUAGGGCAUUCAUAUAUUUAAUUGAAAUAGUAAUAACCCUAGAAAACGAAGGAAAAUACUUGUUCAGUUAACUUUACAAUUGUAUAGGGAAAAAUUAUCCUUCCUAAAAUUGCUAUGGAGGUCUAACUUCAAACUUCCUAAAUAUGUAUAUUAUGCCUCAUGUAUAAUAUAAACACUGAAAAGUCGAAUAUCCAAAUACUUGCCUAAUUGGGGUAUGGUUUUCUUGACUUUCAGAGACAAGUAGAAAAAUUCUAAAUGCCAGGAUGUCCUACAAAGUAUAAGCUUACAGGUCUGUUUUUAUUUUUGGUACAUUGUAUCUAGAGGUAAGUGAACCCAUGCACUGCAAAAAUAACCCUCUUGUAAGUUCGUGACAUUCAUUUUUAACAUUUUAGAACUACCGCUCUAUAAUGGGCCAAAUGGGUCUCACUCCCAAAUACAGCAUAUGAUUUGGGAUAAUCAAGAAGUAAAUUCAUUAAUCUCAUGCAUUGAUUAGACUGUCAUUUAAAGUAAUCCUUUGCUUCUUGCAGUUACUGGUGCCCAUCUAGAAUAACGCAGUUUGAAUUUCACAAUGUGCAGCAAUUCCAUGCCUUUCCUGCAGCACGCUCUGAGCCUAUACGCUGUAAUGAGGUAUUACUCCAGGUAACAGGUGGUGGUUGUUUAUUAAGGACAAAAUAAGCCUCUUGGUUUGCGUAUUUGUUAGUAGUUCUGCUUGACCUUAAUGCAAAUAUUGUCAAAUAGACAAAUACCCACAGGAUUCUUUGUAAAAAAUAUAGGUUCAGGUUAAAUUAAAGCACUUGGCUGUAUUUUUGUAUUUUAAUUUUUAUGUGCAAAAUGUUCAGAGUUCUUUAACAGAGAAUUCUAGUUCUCAUAGACCUUCAUACUCUCUUCUUAUACUUAAGUAAAGCCUUUUUACUUGCAAAAAGCAAGACUGAAAACAGAUCCAAGUUAUCGGAUAUCUUAAAGUAAUUCAGUUAACUCAAGCAGAGAGUGUAGAUUUCAUGCAAUGAUUAUGGCAUGUGGUAAACAAGUCAUCGCAUUGCUGAUAAACCUUAACAGCGUGACCAGUAAAGAGCUGCCUAAGUGAAAUCUGUUACCAUGUAAAAAAGCACAAGUGGUUGUUAGCACUGGCGCAUGCCAGGAUGAUGUAAGAAGUUGUUGUGAUGUAUUCUUCAUACCAGACUGAAACAUCACGUUUUGUGACUGAAGUCUGUUUACACCAGUGUCCCUUAUUUCCUGGACCUCACUCUGGAUUGAGCUUCAGCUUAAACACAUCGUAGUGGAGGUCAUUAGUCAGACUGUCACAUAGUUUACCUAAUUUGAGUACUCCUUGCUUUCUUAAAAACCCAAUUCUUUUUGAAUGUUGGGUAUAUUAAAUAUGAAAUUCUUCAUUUGUCCACAUGUUUAAAAGCAAUUAACUUUUUCUACAUGAGACUAUUAAAAAAGUAAAUAACCAACAUAUUCUCAUGUAGAAAUAAAAAGCCAAAUGCUUUUCUGUGUCCAAGACUUCUGAAAUAGCAAUUGAUGCUGUACAAAAGCUACUUGGUCCAAAAAAUUUGUUGUUAAGUAGGUUAGAAAACAGCAUUAUAGAACCUUACUAAUCUCUCUAGGGAGGCAAUGUGAUAGCAUCCCAGAACUUUUUUGCUCUUGUCAGUGAGGCAAUGUGUCCACUAAACCAACAACAAAGUGAUUUUGCUGUGACACCCAUCUCCAUGGUCGGGCUUGGGAGCCAGGGGUCUCAUGUUUAUUUUUAGUGUGGGUUCACGCUGGUAGGUAGGAGUUAAUUUUUCUCUUCAAGAGUAUUAAGUUAACCAUUGUCUUGAAAUAGGUUUUAAACUUCAUUUAUAGCAAGAAUUCAAGUGAAAUCAAGUCAAGACACUUCAUUCUAAAAACGCAUUUCUCUACAAAAGCAACUGCUUUCUGUUGAGACUAGCUUAACAUAUGUAAGUUCCAACGGAAGUCCUACAAGAAGUCACUUAUUUUGUAAUAUUAUUAUUAACUAUGCUAUGUAACUAACUUUAAGAUGGUUCUGGUGUUUACCUUUGAAUUAGCUGGUGAAAUAUCUAUCCCCUUUUCCCUCUGCCGCCCCUUCCCUAGCAUACUCAACUUUUCAGCAACAAGGGAGCUGCUUUACUUACCGUGGUCGGGUAUCAAGCCAGUUCCUGGCCUCAAAAGAAGAAGAACUUUAUUUCCACCGGCCUGAAUGAGCUCAAUUGCUCGAGUAUGUGUGAUGCCUUGUGUAGGUUCCCCAUUGAUUUCAACAAUCUGGUCACCAACCUGGACAGGGAACAUUCACAGAAACAACAUCAAGUUCUGCUCUGUCAGUCCUGGAGCACUCAGCUCAGCUGAAUGACUCUCUUUCAUCUGUAAGUAUUUCACUUGUGCACUGCUAUCAUGCUGGAGUUGAGGAGGAGUGGACGAUGGUAGCCUUUACUCCAUGUAAGUUUAUGUGACCACAGUAAGCAGGAUCUGAGCCUCUUGAAAUCAAGAAUCAAAUUCUAAGUUUUCAACCAAAGGUGAAGUGGUGGAAGAGGUGAAGACUCUGACGAACGUGACACCAUGGAGCUACCUCUGAUCCACCUGCGAAGGGUCCUUCCCGACAUGAGCUGAAUCUUCUGAAACCUGGGCAGGUGGUGCCUCAUCUUUGAAGCCUUUCCUGGCCUCCAGGGAGAACCGCCCACUCCCUCCUUUGUGUUGCCACUACACCCUAUACUUAGACGCAGCAUUAGGUAAAGGGAGUAUUUAUAGGUUAAAUCUCUUAGAAGAUUCAGCUUGGAGCACAUACUAUUCUGAAUACUCAUUUAAAACCAAUAACUGGCUUACACUUAAUGACUUUAGUGUACAGUGAUUUCCCUAGAAAACAAAAACUAGGGUGCAGAAUAAGAUACUUCAGUACCAUUCUAUUUACUAGAAAUGUCUGCAGUUAUUUUAAAAGAGAUAGGAAAAAUAUGAAUGGGUCAAGUAUAACUUUUACAGAGGACCUGAUUAAAGAUAAUGAUGGUAAUGAUUUUAAAGUAUAUUCUGGAUUUUAAACUAUAUUUCAGGGUGACAAGCAACUGGAGGGUCUUGGCUUUCAAACGGAAAAACUGAACAAUGGACAAUUACUGAAAUUCCAAAAAGCAUGUUUAUAAGAGCUUACUAAACCAAUCCAGAAGGAACAGAAGAGGAUGCAACAAUUACUUAACAAAGGUUGGUAGGACAACUCUGUAUCCAGAGACGCAGCAGAGCACAGUGGCCGGGAAGGUGGGCUUAGGAGUCACUGUCAUGCCUGUGGUUCACUCCUGGCUCGACCUGGCCGAGCAGAGUGGUCUCACUUUCCUCUCUGUUAAAUGGGGAUAAUAUUAGCACCUACUUACCUCCUGGGGUUGUUGGGAGGAUUUAAUGAGAUAAAAACAUAAUCAUGAUUAUAUAUCAAGCACAAAUAAAUGUUAGUUUUCAAAUGAUCUAUUUUCUGCUUUUCCAAAAAAAAGAUUUAAAGUGUAUCAGGAUGAAGAAGAUUUAACUGUAGUCUGCACCCCAUUCUAUACAAUGCAAACAUUUUCAAGUAAACUAUGAAACAGAAUGAGUUGUUGCAUAUUUAUGGAAAAAAAAUGGGAGUCUUACUCAUGAAGAAAUGGAGGGUAUCACAAGAUAGACGGAUUUAACAUAUAAAGUGGAAAAAAAACCUUAAAGAAACACCAGCCAAAGUUAAGAUGGUAAUAAAUGUAAUAGGAUGGAGAAAAAUAAUAAAAAUAAUUAAUAAACCCCCUUAAACCCAGAAUAAGUGAAACAAGAGUCAGUACCCAGAUUUCAUCUAGUAAGUGAAGAAAAAUCAUUUUUACAAGAAAACACAUAAUAAAUUAGCACCAGAUAUAAAAUCCUGCUGAUAAUUAGAGAAAUGAAAAUUAAAGGGGAUAUUGUUUGCAGCAUGCUUCGGGUAUAUCUUGUUAAAAACAUGGGGGUUAUAAGUAAUUUCAGUCACAUUCUUUGGCUUAAAUUCACUGUCCAAACCUGCAUAUUAUUCUUUUUGCACAACAAAUAAAUUGCAAUAAAACUUGUAAUUGAACAGA